AUGGGCGCAUUCCUUUCGGUCCCAUUGCUGUCCUUCCUCCUCGUUCCCACCCUGUCCUCCUACACCACCACCCUCAACCUUCUCUUCUUCUACAUGACAUGGGCCACGUUGGUAUGGUCGCAUACUCCCCUCCGAGUGGAGCUCUUUGGCACAGCCGCGUUUCGACUAUUGUUCUAUGUGAUACCGUCGGCCCUAUUUUUCCUCUUCGACGUGUUGACCCCGUCCGCGGCGGUGGUCGUCAAGGCGCAUGGAGAGGCCGGGCUGCCUGGAGGCAGGAAGCGGCGUAAGCUUCGAUUGAAGGAGUUCAAAAUCGCGGGAUGGGCGCUGCUCAAUAUCCUGUUAAGCCUUGUUAUGCAGGCGGCGGUUGAAUGGCUGUUCGUUCGAGUCUUGCGUCUGCGCAGCGCGAUCAAGGUCUCCGUGACCCUCCCUACUCCAUUCACGAUAUUUCAGGACAUCUCUUUUGGCUUCCUGGGACGAGAGGCCCUAACUUACGUUUUACACCGCUACGCACUGCACCAUCCCAGGUCAUUCCUUACGGAAUAUCACCAAAAGUGGUACCAUGAUCUUCGCACACCGUUCCCUCUGACUGCGCACUACGACCACCCGCUCGUCUACUUAGUAAUCAAGUUCAUCCCGACCUACCUACCAGCCAUAAUCUUCCGCUUCCACAUGCUCACCUUCCUCCUCUACAUAUCGACAAUUUCGAUUGAAGAGACCUUCGCAUACUCUGGAUAUACGUUCAUGCCAACGAGCUUUUUUUUGGGUGGGAUUGCUCGCCGGGUCGAUGUGCAUCUGAUGACUGCAGGGCAAGAGGGCAACUAUGGGCCUUGGGGGAUCUUAGAUUGGAUUUUGGGAACUAGCAUUGGGGACACGGAUAUCGAGGACGAUUUGCGGAAUGAGGCUGAUGAGCAUGCACUUGGGUCAAGGGUUAGGGAUGCGUUAGACGCUUCAAACCGCAAAGUGCAUGUGGAUACGUUGCGGAGGAAUGGAGCUAGUCAGCGGCGGGGGCACGGUAGAGGAUGA